AUGGCAAAAUCGGUGCAGCAGCUUCAGCUGGCUGCGUUCAUGGGUCUACAUUUCUGCUGCCCGGUUUUCUCUGUGCCAUGCGAGAGUGAGGAGGCCGUGGUCGGGAGGUCACAGUCCCGCCGCGUCUCCUCCACAGCACCAGUGCCGCGACCGGAGCGGAGCUGGUACGGGCGCUCCCCCCAUGGUGACGGCGGCAAGCGGGCGGUGCGGCGGCACUCCGGAGUGUCGGGGACCCGGCAGCUCCCCCGGGGGCUGCCCACGGCGCCCGGCACGGCGGCGGCGCCUGGGCACGGCGGCGGCGGCGAGGGAGAGCGCGCAGGACUGCAGGUUUUCCGCGACUACGGGGAGAGCUGGUACCGCUCCCGCAAGGCGCUGGAGAGCCGCUUCCAGCCGCGGGAGCCGCUUGCUCGACAGCCGCAGGUGACGGCAGAGGCGCGCUGCAAGCUGGUCAGCUGGCUUAUCCCCGUGCACCGGCAUUUCGGGCUCUCCUUGGAGGCACUCUGCCUGGCCGUCAACAUCCUCGACCGCUUUCUCGCCACCACCCCUGUGGCCGCCGACUGCUUCCAGCUCCUGGGAGUAACAGCGCUGCUCAUUGCCUGCAAGCAGGUGGAGGUGCACCCUCCUAGCGUGAAAGAGCUCCUCGCCCUCUGCUGCGACGCCUUCACCCGCCAGCAGCUCCGCAACCUGGAGUGCAUCGUCCUGCAUCGCCUGGACUUCGAUCUGGCAGCGCCCACCGUCAGCUUCUUCCUGGAGCACUUCAGCCAGGUGCGGCUGGACGCUCGAGGGGCCGACGAGGGGGAGGCGGCGGACGCCCGGAGCCUGGCGGAGGGCAUCGCGGAGCUCAGCCUGGCUGACUAUGCCUUCACCAAAUACGCGCCCUCUCUGCUGGCCGCCAGCAGCCUGGGGCUGGCGGACCGGCUCCUGCGACACCGCAGCCCCCUGGACCUACGAAUCAGCGGCUACCCGGAGGAGCUCCUGCGGGACUGCAUGGACCAGCUUCAGCUCCUGGUGUCUCUGAACGGGCGGUCCCUGUCUCUCCUCCUGCCCUCGGAGGUGGGCCAGAAGUGCCCCUCGCUAGCGGAUGACCGCUGA